CUCGACCUGCCAUCAAGCCAGCUGUGGUCGUCAGUGGGAACGAGUUUGUUGACAGAAACGAGCCCAUUCGGCUCCAAUGUAACGCCACGGGCCCAAAGAUUCCCGAGGACAUUGAUUGGUUCAAAGACGGCACCAAAUUGGAUACUAGAGCCACCAAGAACCCAAACAUAAUUAUCACCAAGUAUAUGUCACUAGAGGAUCAGGUUUUCAUCAGUGAUCUGGUGAUAGAACACACGGACACCGACAACAGCGGAACGUACAUCUGUCGAAGCUCAGACCGGGAGAUUGACAGUAUCAAAGUCACUGUCUUAGUAG